CGGAAUUGUUGUGGUGUUUGGUGGAUUGGAUGGUUGGUAGUUGUCUAUUUGCGUUGCUGGUUUUGAUUGUGACACUUUCUGAAAGAUGUCUGUCAACCGUAUUUUAGUGGGUGAAAGUUUUCACAUUUUAGGUUUCUAGUGACAUGUUUAAUCUAACAAUUUUUGAAUCAAGAAACUAAAUUUAAAAUAGAGGCAUCCAUCGGAUCUUCAAUAUCUAACUUACUCGCUCUCUCAGUAUGAACUGCGUGUUUUAAAAAUAAGGGCCUUACUCAGUGCUCACUGUUCUUUGUUAAUUUGACAAGUUUAUUGAAUACGUUUGUGUUUCUACUUAUUAAAAAUUAAUUGUUCCAGCCCAACGCAAUGGUUCCAUACCAAUAGUCAGUACAAACCCGAGAGUUUCCAAGUGUUUUUCUUAAAAAGAGCUGCGACCAGCUGAAGGAAGAAAAGGAACAUAAAUUGGGCAGUAUGACGUACUUCCGGCGAAAAUGGCAAGUACUGAUGUGGAAGAACCUUAUAGUCCGCAAGCGCCACUGGUUCCUAACUCUGUUUGAGUUGGUCAUACCGGUGCUGCUGUUCUGGCUGGUCGCGUGGAUGCGCCAGAACGAUGUCAUAGGCAAGAAGGCCAACGUGGUGCCUAAGCAGAUCAAUCUCCGGUACAGUGAGGCUACAAUAAUCGACUACAGCUUCAUACAUCACGAUGUCGUCAAUUUAGCCUACGCACCGGACACCAGCUUCACGCGUCAAAUCAUCCAAGAGUUCAACAGGACCUUGACAUCUGUCCUUCAAAAUACUUCCAAACUGGAUUCAUUUGAUGCCUUUGAUUCCGAAUUGAAACUGGAGCAGUUCUUUCAUGUGAAAUACGAAAACAGAUCCAUAAAUACAAACCACAUCGGGUACGGGAUAGUGUUCGAAGACAUCAAGGACGAUGCUACAAUACCAAAUGACUUCAAAUACAAGAUCAGAAGCACAAUACCCAAAUGGGACACAAAAUUGAUUUUUCCUCAGUUUUUGCCAGCUGGUCCCACUGACGAAGCAGAUCUCUACAUAUACCAAGGAUUCCUGGCUAUCCAGAUGGCAAUUGAUAAUGCAUACAUUCAAGUUGCAAGUAGAGGAGCGUCUGUAAAUGACUACACUUUGGCCAUCCAAAAAUUUCCGUUUCCAGCUUACAAGGUGGAUAUUUUCAAUGAGCUGUUUAAAUCACUGAUGCCGCUAUUCACAUCACUAAGUUUCAUCACCAUCAGCAUAUCAGUGUUGAAGAAAGUUGUCGAGGAAAAAGCCUCUGGAGUGAAGGAAAUGAUGAAAAUGAUGGGACUACAGACCUGGAUGGUGUGGGCUGGUUGGGCUCUGAACGGUCUGAUGGUCUACGCCAUCACCUGCGCCGUCAUCACAACACUGCUCUGCUACGGCUACGACAGCGAUAAGGGACCGGUCAUAGCCAACGUUCACUUCACGAUUAUCUUCACACUAUUCAUCUUGUUUUGUCUCGCAGCCAUUUUCUUCUGUUUCGCCAUCAGUUCUUUCUUCAUGUCACCCACCAUCGGAAUGAGCGUAGGCAUGAUAGUGUGGGUGUUCUCGUAUACUGUACUACAAGCCUCCAUCGGCGACACUACACUACCACUGGCUCUCCACCUGUUGUUCUCAUUGGUUCCUAUGUAUAACAUGUGUACUGGCUACAACGUCAUAGCCGCUUUCGAAAGCAGAGGAGUAGCAGUGAACUGGUUGAACUUGUUCUCCGAUGCCAUGGGAGGUUCAGGCACAUCGCUCGGAUCUGUCAUGCUCAUGUUCUUCGUGCAGAUGGCUGUGUACAUGAUUAUCACCUGGUAUGUCACAUCCAUCCAUCCUGGCCCCUACGGCAGGGCUGAGCCUUGGUGGUUCCCUUGCAAGUUCUGCAUGAGUUCCGAGGAAAAGAAAGAGUUGAUGCUGGGCAGUGACGAUGAAGAAGAUGAGAGGUACGAGGCUCCACCGAAGGACAUGAAAGUUGGACUGAAGAUUCAAGACCUACGUAAGGUAUUCAAUGGUAACAUGGUGGCCGUGGACAAAGUAAACCUGGACAUCUAUGAAGGACAGAUAACUGCGCUACUAGGUCACAACGGAGCGGGCAAGACGACCACCAUGUCUAUCUUGACAGGAAUGUACUCGCCUACGGCAGGAUCCGUCUAUGCCAAGGACUACAACAUCUUCCAGCAAAUGGACCGUUUCCGCAACAGCCUAGGUCUGUGUCCACAACAAGACAUGCUCUUUCCCUAUCUCACUGCUCUGGAACAUCUCAUCUUCUUCGGCAUGCUGAAAGGUAUGACCAUGGGGUUGGCUCGCAGUGAAGGACUCAAGUUACUGCAGAUGCUCAACGUCAGCGACAAGAAGACUGUUCUCGCUGAGAAGCUUUCCGGUGGAAUGAAGAGGAAACUGUCUCUAGCAAUAGCUUUAAUUGGAAGCCCUCAGGUUCUUAUAUUGGAUGAGCCAACUUCGGGAAUGGACCCUGAAUCAAGAAGAGAAAUGUGGGACCUUCUAUUGAGUUUGAGACAGAACCGAACAAUUCUGAUCACAACCCACUUCAUGGAAGAAGCUGAUGUGCUAGGAGACCGAAUAGCUAUCAUGGACCAUGGCAAAGUCAAGUGCUACGGAACAACCUUGUUUCUGAAGAGAGUCUACGGUACCGGCUACCUGUUGACUGUCAUGAAGGAGGUUAGCAGCUCAGUGGAUUCUAUAACACACCUGAUCAGGGGUAGUGUGGCAGGAGCAGAACUCAAAACCACACAUCCUACCCAGGUCACCUACAAGGUACCACAGGAGCAAGCUCCGAACCUCCCGGACAUGUUUGCAGCCAUUGAGGGCAACAAGGAGCAACUUGGCAUAUCUGGAGUUGGGAUCUCUUGUACUACCAUGGAAGAGGUGUUUCUUCGAGUGGGGGAAUUGGCCAGAGAAGAAAAGUAUGAAUUUGAUAAAACUAGUUCUCACUCCAAAGAUCAACAACAUAUGAUCCGCAACACAAGUAACGAAGCCUUGACGUACAAGAAGCGAAAAGGCCUGCCUCUGUUCAUUCAGCAGUUCAAGAGUUUGAUCCUUAAGCGCAGUCUGUUCAAUUUCCGCAGACCCAUAACUUCAAUUAUAUACUUUGUGCUCCCUGCUGUUCUCAUGUGGUUUAUGAUGAAGAACAACCUGAUGAAUGUGGUGCAAGGGUCCCAAGAUCCUCCAUUGACCAUGCAUCUGUCCCUGUACGGCCACACUUCAGCCUACGUCUCCGGCCCUGAGAAUCUGCAGUUCACCUACAGCCAACUGGUCAUCCAGCAGGACAGCAGUAACAUGUCUGUCAAAGGAAAUAUAGUCGAAGCACUGCUGAAUAUCGGAGUGGAGAAUGUGGCGCGCUACAAAACCCACGUCAUAGUUGCUGCAAACUUUGAAGAGACGAACAAGACAGCAACAGCCCUGUACAACGGACUUGCGUACCACUCUGCUCCCAUCUCUGUCAACAUGCUGACUAAUGCUCUACUGCGCAGCAACUCUCGCACCAGCGACAACAGCAUCACCAUCACUAAUCAACCUCUGGACUUAGAGAACUUUGCGGGUGCCUGCAGUCAGCUGAAUGAAGUAACGUUGUGGAUCACGGCACUGGUGUGGCUGGCUCUGUUGCCGAUCGGAGUCAGGACCAUUCUAACAGACAUUAUCUCGUACCCGCACAACGAGCGCACUAGUAACGCCAAGCAACUCCAACUGAUGACGGGGGUGGCGCCCACCACCUACUGGCUGGCCUGCUUCGUCUGGGACUACUACAUCUACCUGAUGGCCUGUGUUCUGCUCCUACUACUCAUCCCUGUCCUGGAUACUUCCAACAUCUUCUACGAGGCCAAAGAUUAUGGUGUUCUUCUGCUGAUUCUGGCUCUGCAUGGUGUGAGUGGCAUCAGCAACACGUACUUGUACAGCUUCCUCGGCAAAUCCAGCAACACUGCCGCCAGCAUUUACAUGAUGAUCACAAUUGUCACUGGUCUGAUGGCACCCUUAGUGAUGUACUUGCUGGUGACCAUAACGUACACAGUCUCCGAUCUUGUCUCUCCCUCCUUGGUCAAACUCAUCAAAUACGUUCUGAUGCUGGAUCCACAGUUUGCGUUUGGCAGUGCCAUCUUGAACUUUACGUACUUGCUGGCUGUGCGAAGUGGCUGCCGCCAAUGUGACAACGAUGAAUUCAAAAAGAACAUGUGUAAAGACACAUCCUACCUGGAGUUUUCGUCUAAGGAGAACACAAACGGACUGAUGGAGUAUUUGCUGUUCCUGGGUUUCGACUGGAUCCUCUACCUAGGGCUGAUCCUGCUGAUAGAGUACGGCUACAUGGGACGGGCCUUCCAUUGGCUCAAGGUGCAGUGGGUGGGCAAGGACUUUGACCGGCUUCUGACGGAGGACUCCGACGUGCGAGAUGAGAGGGACCGAGUGGACGCGUCACGCGACCCCAGGAGUACAGAUGACAGUACAGUGCUGACCGUCGACGGACUGGCCAAGAAGUUUAGUCGCUCAUUCGUUGCCGUUCAAGGUGUCAGUUUCCGUGUGUCAGCUGGUGAAUGUUUCGGCCUUCUCGGUGUCAACGGUGCAGGAAAAACGACCACCUUCCGAAUGUUGACCGGAGACGAGAACCCUACUACUGGCUCUGCCAGGAUCCUGCAAUACGACCUUGUUAGGGACAGGUCUAAGUAUCUGGCGCAGAUAGGCUACUGCCCUCAGUUUGAUGGUAUUACCGAGUUUCUGACGGGAGAGGAGAUGUUGCGACUGUACGCCAACCUGCGCGGCAUACCCGAGUCUCAGAUACAACAUCAGAUAGAUGAAUGGAUUAGUCUUCUUGGUCUGGACGAGUACAGACACCGUCGCUGUGGCAAGUACAGUGGAGGCAACAAGCGCAAGCUGAGCACUGCUAUGGCACUCAUCGGUGACCCACCGGUGGUGUUCCUGGACGAGCCGACAACAGGGGUGGAUCCGGUGGCCAGGCGCAACCUCUGGGAUGUGUUGGCACGCUGCCAGAAGAGCGGACAGGCCAUAGUGCUCACAUCGCACAGUAUGGAGGAGUGUGAGGCUCUGUGUACCCGGCUAACCAUCAUGGUGAAGGGUCGCAUGAUGUGUAUUGGUAGCAACCAGUACUUGAAGCAGCGAUACGGCCAGGGCUACACAAUCAUGAUCAAGCUGCACACCCAUCCCUGCAAAGAUGUGCUGCUACCACAACUGAAACAGGAAGUCCAGCAGUCCUUCAUGUUCAGAUGUAAACUCAAGGAUGAACACACGAGUCUCCUCCACUACCACAUGACUGACACAGGUAUGUCACUUUCAAAUCUCUUCAGGAUAAUGGAGCGCUUGAAGCAAGUGCACCCCAUCAUAGAAGACUACACCGUGAGUGACACGACUCUAGAGCAGGUGUUCAUCAUGUUCGCGCGACAGUCCGAGCAGGAGGCCUAGACCUCAGCUCUGGUCUGGAGCUUUGGGUGGCUGUGAAGGUGCCUAGGCCGGCCGUCCGACCGAAGGUUACCUUAGAGUAAGAUUAGAGUAGGAGCGAGGAAUUUUUAGCAGAGAAUUGGGGUUUCAUAAACAGGCUCAUUGGAGAAAAGACUUCCUCAUGGACCGAGAUAACCAAUUUAAAACUGUAUAAACCGACAUUUGGUGGAUAAGAUAAAAAUCUAUUUACAUGUAAGAGGAGCACAAGUUGAGUUAAGUUAAGUCAUGAUUACCUUUCAAAAGUGUACACAGAUUUUACAAAAUCGGCAAUUAAAAAUGAAAUUUUUAGAAAUUAAUCAUUUUAGAUAGUCAAAGAUGGACAAGUAAUAAUGUAGAAACUGUUUCCUUGCCAAUAUUUGGCACAUACAAAACUUAAUGUUUUUGCCAAAUAAGUAUUCAAACUUAACUCAGCUUGAACAGUCAACUUACCCAUCUUAAAGUUAACUCCAUUAACUGUUGUAAUGAUAUUACCAUAAACAUAUAUGUCAAUUUGGUGUACUAAUAAAAUAUAAAUGAGCACUAAUUGUAUUGGUAAAUUUUGUUAUUUCACAUGAAUAUUUUUUGUUUUGCACGUAAAUGCAUUAUUGAGUUACUUAAAUUAACAUUUUUCAUGUAAUUACCAUUUCUCUGCAAUAAAUUAACUCUUCAUUAGGUCUAAAACCAUUAUCUUGGAGCUCAUUAUACUUAUAUGAACAUCGUACAGUAUUAGUGAACGUUUAACUUAUAUUGUAUUAGUUCUGAAAUAAUUAUUUGUAGUGUCCGAUUGGAAAAUCACUUUAUUGCAUUCACACCAACUUAAUUAAAUUUAUCUUGUCAUACUUAAAAGAAAACAAUUAACAAAUUGAUAGACAUUAAAGUAGUUUUACAGAUAUUUUACCACUUGCAUUUUGUAUUGAUUGAGAAAACAUUAUUUUCCUGGUAAUUAAGCCAGUAAAAAUAAAACUUUAUGAAUUUACUAACAAAGUUAUUUAUUAUUUAUAAAAUAACAAUAUUUAAUUCCUAAUACUUAGUAUAGUUUAUUAACAAUAAAUCAUUUAAUUUUUUAAUCUUGACAAAAUAUUAAAAUUCAUGAGGAGUCAAGUUUUGUAAGCUUUUUACAACUUUUUGAUAAAAGUGGCAAAAAUAACCUGAUAAAUAAUUUCCAAGAAGUCUACAAUUUAUUUUAUAUUGUGUACGAAAAUAACAUUGUGGUUUUGUGAACGAAACUAAAUUAUAGCAAGUAAACAACAUGGUUAUUCAAAAUUACUUGUCAGAAAAUCUAAAAAUCAUUUUGAAAAGGCAGUAAUGAUUUGAAAUUUUGGAUUUUAAGUUUUUAGAUCAAAGACAUUCUUUAUUUGUAAAAAUAGCUUGUGAAGAGUUAAUUUAUUUUCUCUAUUUAUAGAGGAUAUAUUUCUUUGUUAUUUACAGAUUUCAAUUCAGUUUUAAAAUGUUUAGUAAUUUUCCACCUUGUUAUUGUACUUAAAUGUUUCUGUAGAAAAUCAAAUCUAGUUGUUCUGUGAAAUUUGUGUUGAAAAUUGCAAAGCUUAUUAUAAUUUGAAUUAAACUGUCUUUAUUACAUUCACACUUUUUGAUAAAGAAGUUACAUAAGAAGUAAUUUUUUGAUUGUAUAAAACAAUUAAAGAAAUAAGUUAUGAUCUGCCUAAUACACAGGUAACAUAAUUUUUCUGAAGUACUGCAUUUUACACAUAGACUGCAGCACACACCUUACUGCAAGUACCACUGACCUCACACCUGACAUACCGCCAUAUGUCACGCUCUGUACUUGUCACCAGAGCCUGAUCUUUAUUAAAUUCUGGUCAGAUAUAUAACCUAAAGUGCCUAUUUUGCGUUAUGGUAUUCAAAACUUUUUCACUUUUGUGGGACAUUAAUUUUAAUGUAGAUGUAUCAUGUAUCUAUCUUAAUGGUGUUUAACACUAUGAUUUAAUAUUAGCUUAGUUCUAACAGAAGUUAAAUGUUUUUGUUUUUUCUUUUUUUAAUAAAAAAUAGUGUGUAAUUACCAAAGAAUCUCAUGUUGUUGUUGAUACUAUUCAACAUAUUUUCUAUCAUUUAAGUCUAAACCUCUUUUGAAAAUAAUGUGAUAUUUUUAUAUGUUGUAUAGUUCUUUUUUUUUAAAUAAACUGAGUUGACGUUACUGACCAAUAGAAUAUAUCAGUGUGUACUACCAGUUAUGCUGAGACAAUUUAUAAUAUAUUUGUGUAGUAAAAACAUUCUGUAUAUAAAUUAUACUCAGUUUAUAUAUAUAUAUAUAUAUAUAUAUAUAUAUAUAUAUUUUAUAUUUAUUUCAUUCAUAAAACUUAUGAAUCCAAUGAAUUACAUCACAAUGAACUUUUGUGUUACUUGAUGGAAGAUUUCGAUAGGCAAACAACAAUAGAAGGUUGGAAGGUUCUGCAAAGUUGUUUUUGAUUCCUAACCAUUUUUGUCGGAUGGAAUUUAAAAGUGAUGUUUACUUUGUUAUUGCAAUGGAUACUUCUAGGCAACUCUUAAUACUUUCAUAUCUUUGUGCAUAUUAUUAUGUUUGUCUCUAACUUAACCUUUGUACAAAUCAUGAGCUUUAGCAAAGUUACAGGACUGACUGAUUGAAGGCGACUUGAACUGACAAAUUUCUGUUGCAUUUUUUCAUUUUUCAACCAUUGAAUCGUACAAGAAAUAAGCCAAUGCAGUUGCUGGUGUUCAUGUAUGUUUGGCUCAUUUGUGAUCAUGAUAGCCAAGUAGUCAAUUUAAAGAAUUGAUUAAAUUACUGAGAACGACUCCACAUAAAGUGUCCGGUAAAACUGGGAAAAUAUUUCCAAGAAAUCACUAACAUGUUAAACAAUUUCCUUGUUUUAUUGACUUUUUGCUAUCACUUUAAUCACAUCACACAUUACGAAACUUCAGUAGUUUACUAGUAAACGUUUCCCGAUGUUACACAAAAAGCUUUAUGUCGAGUAAUUCUUAAUCCUUUCAUAAAGUUGACUUUUGACAUGAAAAACAAGCAAAAAGUAAACUGCCGCAACUUUUGCAGACUGAAGCGUAUUGAGCGAGCAAAUGUAAAUAGAGAACUCUCGAAAUAUUGUUAAAUAGUUUGGCAGCUACAAUAUUGAAUUUGGUGUAUUCAUUGGACAAACUCUUACUUUAUUGAUAAAAAUAAUAUUAUUAAAGAAUCUGAAAUGGCUUAUGUACCAUUUACUACUUACAUAUUUAUACUAUUCAUGAAUUAUUUAAGAGCACGAAAUUGAUACACUAUUGUUAAUUUGUAUUAUAACUGUUGUUUAUUAUUUUAUUUCAUUGUAUAUUAUAAAAUAUAUUCAUUGUGUAGAUAUUAGCUUUUGACAUUAUUUACAAAUAAAUAAAAGUAUAUUUUCGUGACAA